AGUUUGUAGAUGCAAAAGUCAUUUGCUGAUGACAGACAAAAUGAUUUUUAUAUUGUAUUAUAAAACCUGACAGAAUCCAUGAAUUUUUAUUCAUGCUUCAUGAUUUUGAAAUAAAAUGGCUAUCAAUUGGGCUGAACUAUUUCCUGGAAGAUGGAGUGGAUUAAUUUUUUUGUCUUAUAUGACACUUUUUAUAAAUCAAGGGAUAAUUGUGACAUGGUCUCAAAUCAAAGGGAAUUACAACUAUAAUUUUGUGACUGUAGUACUUUUGACUGAAAUUUUAAAACUAGUUGUGUCAAUAAUAUUAUACUGUCGGAACAAUAAUAUAGCCGUAUUUUUUAAAGAAGUCAUAAAAUAUAGGCAGAUAUUCUUACUUUACAUGGUUCCAUCAUGUUUGUAUUGUUUUUACAACAAUUUAGCUUUUGUUAAUCUAGCCGCUUUUGACCCUACAACUUAUUAUUUAUUAUUACAAUUCCGUGUAGUAAUUACUGGAAUUAUUUUCCAGAUUAUUUUUAAAAAAAAAUUAUCCACUAUACAAUGGAUAUCUUUAAUCAUCUUAACUCUAGGCUGCAUGAUAAAACAUUUAAAUUUCAACUUCAACGGUAAUACUGUGAUACCAAAAUUCACAUUAAAUAUAAAUGUUUUAUUUAUAUUAAUUCAGACAAUUUGUUCUUGCCUAGCUGGAGUGUAUAAUGAAUAUUUAUUAAAAGGCCAAGGAGCUAACAUAAACAUUUUUUUACAAAAUGCUUUUAUGUAUGUCGACAGUAGUAUUUGUAAUAUAGCAGUUUUAAUAUUGCAAGGUAAUCCACUGAAAGUGUUUGAGGAUGUAGGUCCCAGUAUUUUAUUACAACCAAAAGUUCUACUAAUAAUUAUAAACAACGCAGCAAUAGGAAUAAUAACGAGUUUUUUCUUAAGAAAUUUAAAUUCUAUUUUAAAGACAUUUGCCAGUGCCUUAGAAUUAGUGUUCACUGCAAUAUUAUGUUGGAUUAUAUUUGGUAUUCCAAUUUAUCUGAACACAAUCCUGGCAAUAAGUAUGGUAUGCUAUGCUGUAUUUUUAUACUCACAAAACCCAGUACAAAAUGUUACUCCAAAGAUAGAGACAAAUCAUAACUGUGAGGAAAGUGAACAGCUCGUGUCAGAUAAGACUUCUUGUGUUUAACGAACAAACUUUUUCAUUAUUUUAGGAUCAGUAUCUUUACAGUAUCAAUAAAAUAAUGAUAAGUAAAAGUUUAUAUGCCAUAGAGAAUAUUUAUAAUCGAUCAAACAUCGUACAAACUGAGCUUUACUAUUAUUUGAAUAAAUAUCAAAUAUUUUACUUAUAUGAGUAGCUACAGUAUUUUAUGAUUCUUUUUUAUCGUACGAUAAAUAUACUAUUAGUAGUAGUGAUAAUGCUAUUACAUAAUAUUAAUAACUUGCUGUCAUGACCAAAUUUCUAGAACAAAUUACAGAAAUAAUUUGAAUUACAAUAUGAAUUGAUAUUAUCAAUUUUGUUUGGUGCCAUGGUAUAUGUUUGCGUGUGACUACUGUCUCAGACCGGAAGUUGAGUGCUCUGGUUAUAUUAUUGUGUCCUAAAACUUGUAGACGGCGAUUGACCCACUUAUUUCACUAUUUAAUCUAUUAACAUCACGACUUCUUGAUAACAUUUCCCUAGAAAAUAAUCAAUGUCGCCUUGAGAUACUUAAAAGUUUUUUCAUCAGACUUAUAGACAUUAUAGAAAUUAACAGUAAACGCCAAAUAGAUAUAGCCAGUAUUCGGAAUAAACAUUUAUCGGUUGUAUUAUCACAUUAUAAGAACAGACAGGUUGCUCUUCUAAUAUAAACUGAAACUCAUUUGAACUUAUUGAAUAAUUAAAUGAGCAAUCAUUAAAGACUAUUUUAAGAAUUCGAUUAAUAUGACCUUACACAAUGAAAGUUGUAGUUGACAAAUUUUUUAUCAAUUUCAUUUUUUAUUUUUAAUUAUCAAAGUUUUAUUAUUGUUACUGGAUUAUCACUUUAUUAGUUUUAAAGAACUUGAGAAGAACAAUUUUGUU